AGAGUGCCAAUAAGCUGGAGCGGAGGAAAGUGGUUUUGUGUUGCGCUGUCCAGCAUGCAGUGAAGUGCCCUAGAUCCGGAAGUAGAAAAACCUGGCAAAGACUCAAGGAAAAGCCCAGCGUAUCAUUCAUCAUCAUCGCUCGGAUCGAGUGAGGCACGGUGCCAAAUAAAGACGAUGCGCACUCCGUCUGUUCUGCUAGUGGGACCCGUUCUCUGUUGGUUUUGGUGUUUUUCCAGAAUAAGAGCAGAGGUUGGAAAUGUUGACAGCAGAAUCGGUCGUGAUGAAUCAGACCAGGCAACAACUGUCUCAUGUUCUGGUAGAGAUAUGUUUCAAGGCGACAUUGUUCCAGAUCCUAGACCUCAUCAAGAAGAGGUAUCUUCAAGACCGAGGCGAAGAUUAGACAAGUUCCUCGGGGCUAGCCGCCAGCGGAGAGGUGUGACGGCAUUCAAAUCCAGAUACUGGCCCAACGCUGAAAUCCCAUACCUCAUUAGCCAAAUGUUUGAUAAUAAAACAAAAACUUUAAUCCGACAAGCUAUAUCAACGUACGAAAAACACACCUGUCUGACAUUUGUACCUAGAACAAACCAGUCGGACUAUGUAUUCUUUUCUGUUGGAGAGGGGUGUUGUUCCAAUGUUGGACGAAGAGGUGGGAAACAAAUCGUCUCUAUAGGAUCGGGCUGCGACACAUUCGGCACAAUUCUUCAUGAAAUCGGCCAUCUUGUCGGAUUCUGGCACGAACAAAGCCGACCAGACAGGGACGAGCACGUCACCAUAAAUCUCGACAACCUACACGUAAAUGGCAAUAACCAGUUUCAUAAGCAGACAAUACAUCAGAUAAAUUCGUUUGGUCAACCGUAUGACUAUGGAUCUAUAAUGCAUUAUGGCCCUUAUUACUUUACCAUCAAUGGACACAGGACGAUUGUCCCCGUUGACCAAAAUGCAAUCAUAGGUCAACGAGAACGACUCAGUGAAGGGGAUAUACGCCAGUUAAGCCUCAUGUACCGCUGCACAAAGGUCGGAGAAUGCGGUGGUACUAUGUUCAAAAUGGAGGGUGAGAUCAAAUCACCUAAUUACCCAAGUCGGAUCCAAUCAAACACAAGCUGCGCGUGGGCAAUAUCUGGCGAAGAGGAGAAUAUAGCAUUGAUGCUUGAGAUAAACGACAUAGAUUUACCAGCUCCAGCUAAGCCGGAUGGUAACUGUUCAAACAAUAGCUAUGUAGAAGUUCGUGACGGUUUUGGCGAGGUUGGCUCCCUAAUUGGACGUUUCUGUGGCAAAGUAAGCCCAGGCCCAAUCACAAUACACUCCGGCGGACUAUGGAUUAAACUACACUUAAUAAACCUAGAUGCUCCGGUCAGGUUUUAUGCCAGUUUUAAGACAGUUUCAUUUAACUACAAAUACACUGAAUUUGAAGGCGUGCUGAAGACUCCGCAUUAUCCAAUGUCCUUUCCUCGAAACUCUAAAAUCGUCUGGAAAAUAUCUCUCCUCGAAGGAUUUUUCGUCAAUCUGAGGAUAGAUGAAUUGGAGGUUCCUGGUAGGUUGUUUUUAAUAGAAAGUGCAACCGGGUGUCGAAGUGAUUAUCUAUCAAUCUUCGAUGGGGAAACCAACGAAUCGCCACUUAUUACCAAACUUUGCCGAUCACAGAAAUCGGUUGGAGUUGUUUCUACAGGAAAUCAUUUACGACUUGAGAUGCACUCUGACAAUUACCAUGACGACGGCGUAAAAUCUCGAUUUUAUGCCAGUUACAAGGCACGGGACAUAGAUGAAUGUAGAAUCAACAAAGGAGGCUGUGCGCAUGCGUGUAUGAAUCUGAUUGGCAGCUAUGCAUGUGGCUGUCGGUGGGGUUAUCGAUUUGCAGAGAAUAGUAGUAACUGUACAGAUAUAGAUGAGUGUAGUCAUGACGACCACGGCUGCUCGCACUUGUGUAUCAACACAGACGGCUCGUACUACUGCGCUUGUCCAGAGGGAUUCUACAUGGCACCAAACGGAAUCGAUUGUCUUGAUAAGAAUGAAUGCGAGGAUGGAAGUAUGCUAUGCGAACAUCGAUGCUUCAACACACAGGGUGGCUACCAGUGCGCGUGCGACAUAGGAUACAUUUUAGCUGAAAACAGUUACAAUUGUGAAGAGAUACAGAACUGUGUACGUUCCUACGAUGAUUACGAGGAUUAUAUUCUCUCGCCCAAUAUUUCGAGUGAUAACACUCAUUCUUUUGAAUGCCUGUGGCACAUAACUGUCGACCAGAAUCUUAGAAUAUCAUUAGGGAUUGAAUUUCAGAAAUGGGAAGAUGACGGUAGUUGUUUAGAUUACAUAAUCAUAGGACAGGGCCAAGGUCCUGGUAGCGGAAUAACAAAAAUAUGUAGUAUAGAGGACUGGCCUGGAGAAGUGGACACUAUAUCAAACAGCAUCUGGAUAAAGUACCGCUCGCAGUGGCCGCACAUUAGUUCCAUUUUGGUCAAUUAUUUUACUGAGGAACGUGGGGACCAUAAGCAGGAGUGUGGGGGUACGAUCAAUGAAACCACAACUCUAGAAACACCUGGGUAUCCGGAUUUUUAUCCGAAUAAAGUUGAUUGCAUCUGGAAAAUAACUGGAUCCAAAGUGACAAUGUCAUUUGAAAACUUCGAUAUUGAGAAACAAGAGGAUUGUCAAUUCGACUACGUCGAUAUCAUGGAUGGAGACGUAGAACACCCAGCAAGAAUUGGAAGAUUUUGUGGAAGUAGAUCACCACCUACAGUGCUACGAUCAGUAACUGGUGAAGUUUGGAUUAAGUUUCAGUCAGACGCAACAGUCCAAGGAAAAGGAUUUCGAGCUAUCGUCAACGUAGAAUAGUCAGACCAAUGUAAUAUUUACGAUCUUAGUAUUUGUUGUGCAUGUCAAUUAACAAUUGAGUCAUCUCUAAGAAGGGAUAUAAUAUGCCCAGGAAAUAUUAUACACUCAAUUUAAAUAAUACGGUGUAUUAAUUAGUCUUAUUUUGGGAGGUGGGUUGAUGGUGGUGCUUUGGGUAAAUAACCAUAUUUUUUUAUAGAUAGGGAAAAAACAUGUUCAGAAAAAAAAUACUGGUGAAUUGUUUUAUAUAUUAAUAAUCUUUAGAGAUUUAGCUAUAUCAAUGACUUUUGUAUUGUUACAGUUAAGAUUUCUUGGUAAUGUUGUAAUUAUAUUAUUAGGGAGAUUUUUGCAACCUUACGAAAACGAAUACGUCAUUAUCAUUAACGUCAUUCGUGUCUAAAACAUUCUUGACAAUGUGCUGAAUAUGAUCCUUGAUUCAUGCAAAGACAUGAAUCGCCUACGUUGUGACGGUUAGGCCAUUGUAGGGGAUAGGAAGAAUUGUCUAAAAAAUUGAUAAUGUAACAGGCCCGUAUUUAGGAAUUUCAAUGGGCGUGGAUGGGGGGGGGGGGUUCGGGCUUGGGACUAUGCCGAACUCAUUAUCAAAACCCACAUACUUCUUCUCUCCCCUAAAUGGGGACUUUAUUCAGUGUGAUAGGCCUCAGGCCCUUUUACAGUAUAAAAAAAUAUACAUUUUUAGUGCUUUAAAUAAGGCAAGACUUUUUUUAUAACUUGUUUA